CCAGAACGGCAGGUAGACGAAGGAACGCCCCAACCAGAAUCUCCAGAUCCCCCCCUCCCACAAUCCGACGCCUUCCGCCUACCACGCCGCCGGUGCCCAAGCCGGCGACCGCGGCCAUGCAGUCGCCGGAGCCCUCCUCCCCUCCUGUCCUCCUCAACAUAGGGGGCAAGAAGUACGCAACGACCGUGGAGACGCUGACGCAGCGGGAGCCCGACUCCAUGCUCGCGGCCAUGUUCAGCGGCCGGCACAUGCUCCCGCACCACCCCACCACGGGGACGGUGUUCGUGGACAGGGACGGUAAGCAUUUUCGACACGUGCUCAACUGGCUCAGGGACGGCGCCAUCCCCGUGAUGUCAGAGUCUGAGUACCAGCAGCUGCUGCGCGAGGCAGAGUACUACCAGUUGCUUGGCUUAGCUGAUUGCAUAAAUGAGAGGCUCGGUUGGAAGAAAGUUGACAGUUCAGAGGCUGAAUUGACACGAAAGGACGUGAUAAAAUGCAUCCAGGCUCAGAAAGUCAGGUUCCGUGGUGUCAAUUUAUCUGGUCUUGAUCUGUCUAAGCUUGACUUGUCAGAGGUGGACUUCAGUUAUGCGUGUAUUAAGAAUACCGAUUUUUCAUUUGCUAAUCUUUACAAAGCAAAGUUUGGGCAGGUGGAAGCUUCAUCCUCAUCUUUCCAAAAUGCCAAUUUGCGUGAGUGUGAGUUUAUUGGAGCAAAUCUUCAAGAAUCUAUUCUGGAUGGAGCAAACCUUCGAAGUGCGAACCUGCAAAAUGCAUGCUUAACACGUUGUAGUUUCAUUGAGACGGAUCUUCAUUCUGCCCAUUUACAGACCGCUAAUAUUACAGCUGCCAACUUGAGAGGAGCUAACCUUGAAGCAGCCAAUCUCAAGGGUGCUAAGUUGUCUGGAACCAACUUGCAAGAUGCAAAUCUUCAGCGAGCUUACUUGCGAGAAGUUGACCUGCGUGACACUCUAUUAACUGGUGCUAAGCUUGGUGGUGCAAAUCUGCUUGGAGCUAUUAGGUGAUGCAACAAGAGAAGACCAUCUACAGCUCGACUGUGUAUACUGUACAAAUUUAUGGGAGGUGGUAGCUUGCGUGCAACAGGAUGGUGCCUUCUGUUCCGGUCUUUGCUGGUGGAAAUUUAGGACACAAGUACAUCAAAAGAAAACGAUUGGCUUGAUGUUGAUGUGUUGUAUCCUGUAUUAGCUGUACACUGCCCUAUGAUUGGAGAUCCGGCAAGCAUUCAGGGCUAGUUUGGAUAUACCAUUCCUCUUGUGGAUUGGAGGGAUUGAUGAGGCCCCUCCAAUCCACAUGAGGAAUGUGUGUAUCAAACAAGUCCUGUGUGAAAUGCAAUGUUAGGCUAGGCGCAAGGCGGUUUCUAGGCGGUGACCCAUCGCCUAGAGCCUAAGCGAGCCUAGGCGUUUCUAGGCGGUUUUCUAGGCGGUGUUGUACAUGUAUAUAUACCUUCCUAUACACAUCAA